AUGUUAGGCUCCACUUCUUCGACGUCAUCAUCCCAACGUCACUUACAAGGUCUCGUAACGCGUCGUACAGUUACAGCAGAGCCUAAGAAUGCCGCACAGUAUUUUGGAUACGUGGCUAAUGGUGUCCAUUUCAACAAGGAACUUACGAAAUUACGGACACAUAACCUUAAGCGAAGAGCUACGAUUGGUUAUAAAGGAUAUGAAGCUGUAUUAUGUCGUAAGAAACGUAUGACAACGACUAAUAGUAUCAAGCCAACGGCUAGUAAUACAAUGUACGUCACACGACCGGGAGCAAUUCCUACACCAACAACUACUACAUUCAAUCCAGCAGCUGUGCUGCAACUACAGGCAAUGCUUCCGAAAGCACAGCAGAUUGCAGUGAAGCCAGCACCAAAGAUUGCAGCAUCUGCGUCAUCGAUCAUUCCAUCGACAACGCUGACAACGUCGACGAUAUCUUCGAUCACGACAAAAUUGACUGCAGCACAAAUGCAACAACAUCAACAGCAAAUGAAGAGUGCACAACAACAGCAACAACAGCCAAAAAGGUCGGACUUUGUUGUGGGUACUACAGUGCUCAUUCGGAAUACGGCGGAUUUGAUUGCGUGUGGUGCACGAAAUCUGGCAGGUAAGAUGGGACGUAUUGUAGCUGCUCCUCAGAUCUACGGACAAGAACUAUUCUCCGUCUAUAUUGACGAGCACGAAGCGCUGUUCCAGGUCCCAUUUAAUGCGCUAACACUUAUUGCCCGCCCAACGCCAAACCAGCAGCAGCAGACGCAGCAAAUGCAGGCGCAGCUUAAUGCUGCAGGGGGGCGAAGUAUUUCCAACCAGACGCAACGUUCGCAAAAUGGUAACAGUCAAGUCCCGAGAGGAUCGAAAUCAGCAGAGCAGAUUAAGAUGGAGCACUCCUUUCAACUUCACCGCCUCAUGCAGCAGCAAUAUCGGGAAAUUCAAGUGUUGCAACAGCGCCAUGCAGAGUGUCGGAUUGCGGAUCCGACAGCGCUAUCAGGUAUCCAGAAGGAGCUGUCUAAACUGCGACUCGUGCAUCUUUCUCAGGUGCAAACCCUCAAGAGCAAGCAGGCAUUAGAUAUGAUUGGCAAGUAG